AUGAAGAUGAUGUUCGAAAGGGUGUUGGAAUGUACAACAGGACUUGAAGAAAUGUUAAAAGAGCGUAGCGUUGCUGUGGAUAUUAAAGAUAUUCUGUGCAGAUUCACAACUGACGUUAUAGGAUCAGUAGCUUUCGGACUAGAAUUUAACAGCAUGAAGGAUGCCAAUAUCAAAUUGAGAAAGUAUGGUGAUUAUACUUUCGAAAACAGUUGGCGCAAGAGGUUCAGUAUUUUCCUCGAGAAUACGUUUCCUACAAGGUUCAUAAACAUCGUAAAUGAAGUGGGUUUUUCAUCAAGGAAAAAAGAAAUCGAAACGUACUUCGUAGACAUGAUUCGAAAAACUGUUGACUACAGAGAAAAGAACAACGUUUUUCGCAAGGAUGCUUUGCAUCUUCUGAUUCAAUUAAAAAAUACGGGUAGAGUGUUGGGAGAUGAAGAAGCAGCUUUAAAGGGAGACAAUGAAAAUGUUACGGGUGGUAUAACGAUGAAUGAGUUGGCAGCACAGGCUUUCGUAUUUUUCGUUGCUGGCUUUGAAACAUCUGCGACUACAAUGACAUUUGCUUUGUUAGAAUUGGCACAAAAUCCGGUUGUUCAAGAGAAAUUAAGACAAGAAAUCAAACAAACUCUUAAACAAAACGAAAACAAAUUAACCUACGAAUCGCUUUUGGGAAUGGAGUAUUUAGAAAAGGUAAUUUCAGACAUGAUUCGAAAAACUGUUGACUACAGAGAAAAGAACAACGUUUUUCGCAAGGAUGCUUUGCAUCUUCUGAUUCAAUUAAAAAAUACCGGUAGAGUGUUGGGAGAUGACGAAGCGACUUUAAAGGGAGACAAUGAAAAUGUUACGGGUAGUAUAACGAUGAAUGAGUUGGCAGCACAGGCUUUCGUAUUUUUCGUUGCUGGCUUUGAAACAUCUGCGACUACAAUGACAUUUGCUUUGUUAGAAUUGGCACAAAAUCCGGUUGUUCAAGAGAAAUUAAGACAAGAAAUCAAACAAACUCUUAAACAAAACGACAACAAAUUAACCUACGAAUCGCUUUUGGGAAUGGAGUAUUUAGAAAAGGUAAUUUCCGAAACAUUAAGAAUGCAUCCGCCAAUUCAUCGGUUAGCGCGUUUGUGUAACAAGGAUUUUAAUAUUCCAAACAGCGAUUUGGUAAUCAAAUCGCAAACGCAAGUACUAGUUCCGGUACUUGCUAUUCAUAACGAUCCCGAGUAUUACCCGAAUCCAGAAAAAUUCGAUCCGGAAAGGUUCAGCAAGGAAGCGAAAGCCUGUAGACCUUCCAUGACUUACUUUCCGUUUGGAGAUGGACCACAAAAUUGCAUAGGUCAGAGAUUUGGGAAACUUCAAGCCAAACUUGGUUUGUGUACAGUAGUGUCAAAUUUUAAUGUUACACUAAAUGAAAAAACCAAGUUACCAAUAGAGUAUGACUUAAUUACGGUCAUUACUGUUAAAGGCAAUUUUUGGUUGAAUUUGGAACCUUUGGAAAAGUAA